CAUGCCUGAAAACCAGAGAACAGUUUGGCAUUAAAUUCUUGGGAGGAGAAAUGAAGAAGGUGAAGACAAUUAAUUACAGGAAACUAACUAAGUAGGGGCUUCCACGUUUCUCCUCUCAUGCAGUAGAAAUCAAAGGCCUCUCUGCUAUUCUCAUCUCUGGCAAGCCCUGCUGGCAUUGGCCUCUGCUGUGCUGCUUCUCAUGUAAAUCAUGAUCAUCUGUGUAGACCUCCAAUUCUGUGCUGCAAGGCCCUAAACCUGGGUUUUUUCACCUGGUUGUUGUGUGGAAGGAAAUAACAGAGAAAGAGCUAGCUGUUCAAAGUUCAAACCAGUCCAGCCUCAUCAGUUUGUGUUUUUCGGGCUUUAUCUGGUUGUUGGGAUUUUGUGUUUGUAAGUUUUCUUAUCUGUUUUUCUUCUAUCUGGGUUUGUAGGUAGAUGUUUCAUAGAGGAGGAGAAGGAGGAGGAGGAAGUGGUGUUCCAAAUCACACAUAUAAUAGUCAGCUUCUGCGGGCUGCUGCUCUUCAGCCUCAGGAAGAAGAAGAAGAAAAAGAAAGGAUGGUUGGUUGUGGUUUUGAUUAUUUUGGUGAUGAUGAGCAAGAUUUUCAAGGACCCCCAACUCCCACUGUCACACAGAGUGAUGACAGUGUUGUUGUUGAGGGUGAAGAGGAGGAGGAGGAGGAAGAAGAAGAAGAAGAAGAGGACCUUUCUCAUGAUCUUCAAACGCCUUCGGUUCUGAGUUCGAACUUCAAACCUCGCCUUCGAUGGACUCCUCACCUUCAUGCCUGCUUUGUUGAUGCUAUCAAUCAGCUUGGUGGCCCCCAUAAGGCAACUCCGAAAAAGCUUCUGCAGAAAAUGGGUGUCAAGGGAAUAACUCUUUACCACUUGAAGAGCCACCUCCAGAAAUACAGACUUGGAAAGUACUCGGUGAAGGAGUGGAAGGAGGUUCCGGAAACUUUUUCACAGGACUUCGAAGGCAGAAGCGUUAGUAGCACUUCCUUGUGCUCAUUGCUAUCCCAGAAAAAGCAUUCUUCUAAACUAAUAAAGAAGGCUCUAACCCAGGCGGAAGUUGAAGAAAAACUUGGUCUGCAAAUUGAGGCUGAGAAGCGAUUAAAAUUGCGUCAGGAUGCCCAACGAAGAUAUAUGGAUUAUGCACUAGAUAAUGCAUGUAAAAAGCUUGCUGAUCAGUUUCUUGGAAGUGUUGCAGUAGACUCUGCAGGCGUAUUUCGGAAGGAUGUAGCUGGUUUAGGAACUAUGGUGUCAAUAAUAUCUCAGAAAGAUCAAUUCCUUGCAUAUGACCUAACUAAGGAAACCAGCAUGCAGCUUAGUCUUGAAGACCAACUUGGUGGGUUUGAAGCUCAGAGGGAAGCUUAUCACGAAACUGAAGGCCACCUGAUCUCACAUGGAAAUUCAGAAAAUUCAUCUGUGGAAGAUUUCCAAAUUCUGGCUGACGAUGACAAGAUAAUGGAGCAGAGUUUGGAUAAUGACCCUGCAGAAGCUUACUUGGUUUUGGAUACUGCUGAAAUGGGAACCUCCAGUCAUAGAACUUAAUUUCAUCAACCCACAUCAACAUGGUGUGCUAAGGCACUCUGGAUGAACGAACAAAACCACCUUUAUGUUGUUUGCUUGUGGAGUUUCAUAAUUUAAGAUUUUUUUUCUGGUAUAAAACUUUGGCAGCUUAGUUCUGCUUGUUGCUAGUGGUUAUUUCUUUUUUUGACUGCUCAUGGCACACUCUUGAAUGUAUUCAAGGUGCUUUGUUACUAUGGACUAUGGAGUCAAUCA